UUCUGAGUGUCAGAGAAACCCUGCGAGAGAGAGAGAGAGAGAGAGAGAGAGAGAGAGAGAGAGAGAGAGAGAGAGAAUUCAACUCCCAGCUUAUUUCACGCCACCGCCGAGGUAAACCGAAGGGAAUACGCGCUAUCGAAAAGCCUCGCUCUCCGAGGACGGAAUUCAUGGAUGAACGGGCCAGGGACCUUUCACGGGAUUCUUCUCCUUACAGAUGGGAUUGUAGCUUAGCUAGUUAGCUCGGCCGCAGAAGUAGGCUAGCUGUGUCGAAGAGCGGAGGCGACAUCAGUUGACUUUUACUCGCUGUAGCGUCAUAACACCUCAAGAAACCGCCUCGGUCUUUCCAAAGACGCGUUUCUGAAGGCGUCGCCGUCACAGAAACAGCUAUUCGGGACUGUAUUCGGGGAGGUUGAGGGGAACUUCACGAUUUAGCUUGCUGGCUAGCUGGCCGUCACCUCAGUCUGUCAAACGAACCUGAAAUCCGGGGACGGAACCGGACAGAGACCUCAUGAAUGGAAAUCGGAACUACAGGAGCCGUUGGGGCCCAGGCCCUGUUCUCCGUGCCUCGGAGGCCUGGUUAUGGCACCGUGGGGAAACCCAUCAAGCUGCUGGCCAACUGCUUCCAGGUGGAGAUCCCAAAGAUGGACGUCUACCUGUAUGAGGUGGACAUCAAGCCUGAGAAGUGUCCACGCCGUGUGAACAGGGAGGUUGUGGACUCCAUGGUGCAGCACUUUAAAGUCACCAUCUUUGGGGAUCGAAGGCCAGUUUAUGAUGGGAAGAAAAGCCUCUACACCACCAACCCUCUGCCUGUGGCGCCUGCGGGGGUGGAUCUGGACGUUACGCUGCCAGGGGAGGGGGGUAAAGACCGACCCUUUAAAGUCAGUAUUAAGUUCGUGUCCCUGGUGAGCUGGCACCUGUUGCACGAGGUACUAACGGGUCGCAGUAUGUCCGAGCCGCUGGAGCUGGACAAGCCAAUCAGCACCAACCCAGUUCACGCUGUGGAUGUGGUGCUACGCCAUCUACCCUCCAUGAAGUACACACCCGUGGGCCGCUCAUUCUUCUCUGCCCCGGAGGGGUAUGAUCAUCCUCUGGGUGGAGGCAGAGAGGUGUGGUUCGGCUUCCAUCAGUCUGUUCGGCCGGCCAUGUGGAAGAUGAUGCUCAACAUUGACGUGUCAGCCACAGCUUUCUACAAAGCACAGCCAGUUAUUCAGUUCAUGUGUGAGGUACUGGACAUCCACAACAUCGACGAGCAGCCUCGGCCCCUCACAGACUCCCACCGAGUCAAAUUCACCAAAGAAAUCAAAGGUCUGAAGGUGGAGGUGACACACUGCGGGACCAUGCGGAGGAAGUACAGGGUCUGUAAUGUGACCCGCCGACCCGCCAGCCACCAAACGUUCCCUUUGCAGUUGGAGAACGGCCAUACAGUAGAACGAACAGUAGCUCAGUAUUUCCGAGAGAAGUACAGCCUGCAGCUCAAGUACCCUCACCUGCCCUGUCUCCAGGUGGGCCAGGAGCAGAAACACACCUACCUGCCCCUGGAGGUGUGUAAUAUUGUAGCAGGGCAGCGGUGCAUCAAGAAACUGACAGAUAAUCAGACGUCCACCAUGAUCAAAGCCACAGCGAGAUCAGCUCCAGACCGACAGGAGGAGAUCAGCAGACUGGUGCGCAGUGCUAACUAUGAAGCAGACCCGUUCGUGCAGGAGUUCCAGUUUAAGGUGCGAGACGAGAUGGCCCACGUGACGGGGCGUGUGUUACCUGCGCCCAUGCUGCAGUACGGGGGCAGGGUGAGCACAGAGCACUUUAUGAACCGCACUGUGGCCACCCCGAGCCACGGAGUCUGGGACAUGAGAGGGAAACAGUUCCACACCGGCGUGGAGAUCAAGAUGUGGGCCAUCGCCUGCUUUGCCACACAGAGACAGUGCAGAGAAGAGAUCCUCAAGGGUUUCACGGACCAGCUGCGUAAGAUCUCGAAGGACGCUGGGAUGCCGAUCCAGGGUCAGCCGUGUUUCUGUAAGUACGCACAGGGAGCCGACAGCGUGGAGCCCAUGUUCAGACACCUGAAGAACACCUACUCCGGCCUGCAGCUCAUCAUCGUCAUCCUGCCCGGAAAAACCCCCGUCUACGCCGAGGUCAAGCGUGUGGGAGACACUCUUCUAGGAAUGGCCACUCAGUGUGUUCAGGUGAAGAACGUGGUGAAAACCUCCCCUCAGACGCUCUCCAACCUCUGCCUCAAGAUCAACGUCAAACUCGGCGGCAUCAACAACAUCCUGGUGCCGCAUCAACGGCCGUCAGUGUUUCAGCAGCCGGUGAUCUUUCUGGGGGCAGAUGUGACACAUCCACCUGCAGGAGACGGGAAGAAACCCUCCAUCGCAGCGGUGGUGGGGAGCAUGGACGCUCAUCCCAGCAGGUACUGCGCCACGGUGCGCGUCCAGAGACCCAGACAGGAAGUGAUUCAGGACCUGGCCUCCAUGGUGCGAGAGUUACUCAUUCAGUUCUACAAGUCCACUCGCUACAAACCCACCAGAAUCAUCUUCUACAGGGAUGGCGUGUCCGAGGGCCAGUUCAGACAGGUGUUGUGUUACGAGCUGUUGGCCAUCCGAGAGGCCUGUAUCAGUCUGGAGAAGGAGUACCAGCCCGGCAUCACGUACAUCGUGGUGCAGAAACGCCACCACACGCGUCUCUUUUGUGCUGAUCGCAACGAGAGGGUGGGUCGCAGCGGAAACAUUCCUGCUGGUACAACGGUCGACACUGAUAUCACACACCCCUACGAGUUUGACUUUUACCUCUGCAGUCAUGCUGGAAUACAGGGUACCAGCCGACCCUCCCACUAUCAUGUCCUGUGGGACGACAACUGCUUCACUGCGGAUGAGUUCCAGCUGCUCACUUACCAGCUGUGCCACACAUACGUGCGCUGCACCCGCUCCGUCUCCAUCCCUGCACCAGCCUACUACGCCCACCUGGUGGCCUUCCGUGCUCGAUAUCACCUGGUGGACAAAGAGCACGACAGUGCCGAGGGAAGCCAUGUCUCGGGACAGAGCAACGGUCGAGAUCCUCAGGCGCUGGCCAAAGCUGUGCAGAUUCACCACGACACACUGAGGACCAUGUACUUUGCCUGAGCCAGCUCACAUCCAUCCCACAUUCGACUAGUCAUGCACACAAACCCGAAAACCGCCUACACACGCCUCACACCUCCCAAAAGCGAAUGCAUCCUGAAGGGUGGAUCUCUGUGGCGAUGGAAGCGUGGCCCGCCCAGACACUGUGCCGCAGGAUGAGAAACGCCUGCUUUAAUUCCACACGUGGACCUCGGCACUUUUAUGCAAUUUUAAACCAGCCAACUGAGGCCGUUCUGUCUUAUCCCCUCCAAAACUCAAAAGGGAAGCCCGUCUACGUCCCCUCUCCUCUUCCUGUCUGUAGACGUACAGUAACGUUUAAUUACUUCCCUGCCUGUCACGCCUGGUACCUGGAUGUUUUCUAACAGCACUUUGUCCCCUUAUUGUCCUUCCCCUGAAAUGAGAUUUGAAUGGAAGCGAAUGGAAAGACUGAGUCUGUUUUGAGGAUGUACUUUUCUCCCGUUCUCAAUUAUUUUUGUAGCCAAUGGUGACUUAACUACGUGUUAAAGUAUCAGUCGAUGAAGAACCAAUUGUGUGUUAGCUUUUUAAAACAGAAAAACAAGCUUUUAUUGUUAGAGAAGUGCCAUUGCG